CUUUCUGAUAGAAGCGACAACGUUGCGAGCAUCUAAACCUUAUUUGAUCACCACUGGCUUCAUCUUCGUUUGAAAGCAAACUGAUGCAUCAUUCUGUCCGGAAGCAACCGAAUAAGACGACCUUUUCUGUAAACAAUCCUAUAAUUUGUACGUUCCUCCGUAUUUCUUUUGGAUUUUGUGUGUGACAACAUUUUGUUGUCUCCAGUGUGACAAUAUUUUAUUGUCUUCAACUGAGCUCAUCUUCGGCUAUAUUGACGACGAAAAGGAAUAAGUAGAGCAGAGUUCAACCAUCACGAUCGUGAACAUGAUGACUGCAAACUUUACACUAUUUCUUCUUUUACUAGGUGCAUCUAUUCAUGCUUCAAAUGGACGAAACAAUCGGAGCAUUCUACUACAGCAUCUGCUUGACAACUAUGGACCAAUCACAGUGCGACCGGUGAGUGAUGUCAGCCGACCUACGAAUGUAUCCUUCCGCCUCCUUCCGGUCGAGCUCAUCAAGUUUGAUGAGGAGAAUCAGCAAGUAAAACUAUCAGCAUAUAUGCGAAUGAUAUGGAGGGAUGAGAACAUGAUGUGGGAUCCAAUGGAUUUCAACGGGGUCGAUUACGUAACUGUUAAAAGAAGUGACGUUUGGCUUCCCGACAUCGUACUAUACCAAAAUGUCGUCAAAGAAUUCAUCAGUUACGCAGAUACGUACAUCGUUGCAUCGAGUAACGGGAGCAUGAAUUGGUAUUUUCCCGCCAUCAUCGCCACAGCCUGUCCUAUCGAUAUCACAUACUUCCCCUAUGAUGUCCAAUAUUGUAACUUGACAUUUGGCCCUUGGUCAGAGACUGCAGAUAAAGUCAAUUUUCGAAUGUCAACAGAAGCUGAUGCCAACGUGGAUAUAUUUCGUAAAAAUGGAGUUUGGGUACUCGAACAGACGACAGCAAGUAACCUGGUCAUUGAAUCUUGCUGCUUCAACCUUUCAUGGAGUGCGGUCCAGUUUGUCCUUGAAAUCCACCGACAAUCAAGACGAAACAAUCAGAGCAUUCUACUACAACAUCUCCUUGAUAACUAUGGACCAAUCACAGUGCGACCGGUGCGUGACAUCAGCCGACCUACGAAUGUAACCUUCCGAAUCAUUCCGGUCGAGCUCAUCAAGUUUGGAGAGGAGAAUCAACAGGUUGAACUAUCAUUGGAUGUGCGGAUGAAAUGGAGGGAUGAGAACAUGAUGUGGGAUCCAAUGGACUACGACGGAGUAGAUUACGUAACUGUUGAAAGAAAUGACGUUUGGCUUCCCGACAUCGUACUCUACCAUAAUGUCGUCAAAGAAUUCAUCAGUCGCCCAGAUACGUACAUCACAGCAUGGAGUAACGGGAGCAUGGAUUGGUACUUUCCGGCCAUCGUUGCUACAGACUCUCCUAUCGAUAUCACGUACUUCCCAUACGAUGUCCAGUAUUGUAACUUGACAUUUGGCCCUUGGUCAGAGACUGCAGAAAAGGUAAAUUUCCGAAUGUCAACCGAAGCUGAAGCCAACGCGACUUAUUUUCGUAAAAAUGGAGUCUGGGUUCUCGAGGAGAUAACAGCAAGUAACCUGUUCAUUCAUUCUUGCUGCUACGACUUAUCAUGGACUGCAGUCCAAUUUGUCCUUGAAAUCCACCGACAAUCAAGUUUCUACACCCGUACUGUCGUUGUUCCGUGUAUUCUCCUGACGGUAUUGAUGGUGCUCGUCUGUUGGCUUCAUCCAGCUUCGGGUGAGAAGGUGACUUUGGCCGUCAGUAACCUUCUGGCUUUGAUCCUCUUCCAGCAGCUCGUGGCCGACAGGCUUCCGCCAAGUGGAGAGACUACGUCUAUCAUCGUGAUCUUCUUCAUCGUGAUGAUUGGGUUAAGUUGUACCGAGGUGAUAUGCUCCAUCAUUGUCCUGCGGCUGUACCACACUGGUGGAAGACGACAGAUACCGGACUGGAUAAGACGAGCGAUGCUGAGCCCGCUCAUCAUGCGCCUCUACUCCAACGCAGAGUGUACUGCCAUGCUGCGUGCUGAGGAUAAGGUCAAAGAACUCAGGAUACUCAAUUCAGUGACCAACCAAACUCUACAAAACAACACCAACAUCGCGGCACAGAACCACGAAAACGGGACGCACGACACGAAAGCAGACGAUAUCGUCAAGACUAUUAGUAAACCACAAAGAUCGGACAAUCUGAACAUGCGCAGUGAUCCUGAAGUUAUUAGCAAGACGUGGCAGGAGGUGGCCAUCGUUUGCGACAAUUUAUUGUUUAUUCUCCUACUUCUUGUCACUUUAGUUGCUUGGUUGUAUGUGCUUGUUAGCUUUCUAAUUUAGCCAUGUUAAUUGACUGUCAUGGAAGUCUGAUAAGGGCUUUACGUUACUGGACGGGAAUGUUCAGGAGAUCACAAAAUACGAAACAUAAAAUAGACAAUUAUGCAAAGGCUAUAAAGUGCAAAUUAUCCGGCAUGCAAGGUUGACGCGUUGGAAUUGCAUUGCCACGUUUUCAUCACAGAAGCAAUUUUACUUUGUCUUGAUAAAGCCAUGUAAAUGCAUAAGACAGAGAUAAGAAUUUUCAAGCGUAAUUGCCGCAGGCAUGGGAGUUGGA